AUGGCUUCAGCAGCAGCAGAACUAGUUGUUGAACGUGAACCGGAGCUUCUUAAAACACUUGAUCCAAAUAGAUCAUUUGUAGGAGCAGAAGAUCUAGUGAGAAUGGCUUUGGAGCAAUAUACUGAAAUUCUAGAGACAGCAUCAGAUCCUAGAGUUAGUGAUUGGCCUUUGAUGGAAUCACCUAUACCAACAUUUCUUAUUGUUUUACUCUAUUUGUAUGGCGUCGUGAUACUUGGACCAAAGAUGAUGGCAAACCGAAAAUCGUUUCAACUAAGAAAAAUUCUUGUAGUGUACAAUGCAUUUCAAGUCAUUUUUUCUAUAGGGAUGCUUUACGAGCACCUCAUGUCCGGAUGGUUAUUGGAUUAUAGUUAUAAAUGUCAACCAGUUGAUUACUCACACAAUCCUACAGCGAUGCGGAUGGCUAAUUUAUGCUGGUGGUAUUUUAUUAGCAAGUUUACAGAAUUCGCUGAUACAAUAUUUUUUGUGCUACGCAAAAAAGACAGUCAAGUAACAUUUUUGCAUCUAUAUCAUCACUCGCUGACCCCGCUGGAGACGUGGAUAUGCGUUAAAUUUAUAGCCGGUGGCCACGGCACCCUUGGUAAUCUCAUCAACAAUGCUGUACACGUAGUUAUGUAUGCAUAUUACAUGCUUUCUGCAAUGGGACCUGAGUAUCAGAAAUACUUAUGGUGGAAGAAACAUUUGACAACUGUUCAGUUGGUUCAAUUUUUCUUAGUAUUUAUACAUAGCGCUCAAGCACUCAUUUUCGACUGUGGAUACCCUAAGCUCGUCGCAACAUUACUUCUUUUACAUUCAACGAUAUUCUUUGCUUUGUUCUUUGAUUUUUACUCUCGGGCUUAUUGCAGAGAAAAAUCUAUUGCAGCGAAAAAAGAAAAAGAAAUCAAGAACGAAUAA